AUGUCGCUGGCUCCAUCGGCUCUCUGCCUUUUCGCAGCUCUUCUUGUCGUCGUGUCCGUUUCCGGCAAGCCACAGUCUCCGUAUGAGCUCGAGGCUCCCAUCUCCGUGAGUUCAUCCGAUCACCCGACCCCCGCGAAUUGUUUCUCGCUGCUUCUCUGAUAGCCCAGAUUCCCAUAAUGAAUUAUUAGAGAGUAGGCAGCAAAUCUCUCCGAAUAUUUCUGCAACCGGACUCCUCUUUUCCUUUCUUGCUUUUUGAUGAUGAUGUUUAUGCACACCACCUCGAAAAGGUGAAAACGGAAGGCUGGGGGGGGGUGUCAGGUUUCCGAAGUGCACGAAAUUCGAGUUUUCGGAUCAGAACCGGGUCAAACUUGCAGGCGUACAAAAGAUUCUACUCUUGGGAGGACGCGAAGAGGGGAGCUUCCAUCGAAUCCGAGGAGGGAAUGAGGAACAAGAGGAAGCAGUGAGUGAUUGGGUCCGUCCAGGGGGGUCCCCCGUGACUACUGUACUCUCUUUUCGAUGUUUCCAUUGACAAACGAAUCCAAUUUGUGUCCUCUACAUCUGAGUCGGGGGCACAAAUGAAAAGAACGUUGAGUUAUGGCCGUCUGCCUUCCCUUUCCUUUCUCUUUUCGAUGACUUGCCAGAAUGCUCCCGUUCUGCUUUCAGAUUCUACGCAUGGGCUGGAAAGCGAUCGUCCGCUCCGGUUCACUUCUUCGAAGACGCCGCCACCGCCGCCGCCGCCGCUGAACAGCAGCAAGGACCGUCGAUGGAAAAGAGGAAGCAGUUCUACGCGUGGGCCGGAAAGUAA